CAGAUCAUGUAGGCACGAAUGUCUUCAAUCGUACGACCCCCAGAUCCGUGCCUCGUUGCAAUAAUCCUUAUAAUCCAAUCUCGCGCUGGCCCACGUUUUGUCUAUCACUAUCCUCCCAACCCAUCCACAAUCAUAAGCAAUAAAUCCCGUCGCAAUUCGCGUCGGAAAAGUGGUGCUAGAAGCUCCGAAUCUAGCCUAUCCAGUGAUGAUGAUCGGUCAAGCUCAGACGAUGAUGAAUGUGGCCAUUCUUCGGCUUGCUGUCGGGGUGCCAACGAGCACAGUGGGAGGAGCGGGCUUAGCGAGCAAUUGAAUGAUAAAGUACCUCACCCAUCUUCGAGAGGGCAUACUUCCUCCACUUCCCUGCAGUUCAAGCGAAGAAGCGCAACCCCUGAUUCUAAGCCGGAUAAUCAGUCAGAUGCCGGAAGAAAUGAGGUUCUAGGAGAUCUCUAUCGCCCGCCAUGGGAAUCUUUACUCGGACUGCCAACCAAUGUAUGGGAGAAAUUGCUAAGCCCGUCACCCGCCUGGCAUAAGCGACGAUUUGAAGUGGGUGUUAAUGACCUUGUGUUUGUGGGAUGGCCCGUGUUUGUGAAAGACGAUGGGACUUGGCGGAAACGGAAGCGGAAGAAGAAAGUUAGAACACAGCAAGGAGAGAACGGGGAGCCAGGAGUUGAGGACAAAGAGAGGGGUGAUCUGAGAAAUAAUGACAUGUCUUCAAAACAAGCGUCAGAAACCGAAGGCGACAAUUGCCCUGUCGGUGAACUAAAAAAAAUCGUUGAGGAUGACGUACUUCCUGGGUCGCCAGAAGCUGAUAAGGAUUCAAUGACAAUGUUCAACGUAGUUUUUGUAUUGAAUCCACCUUUGCUAGAAUAUGGCUUGCGAGUACGGGAGAAAUAUGAGAACGUGAUCAAGAAGUUUGGCAAAGGGUUGAAGUCGGAGCAGGCAAGGGUAGACUACGUUUGGAAUGAGGCUCAAACGAUUAUCAACAUCAGGGAGAAAGCAAAGGAAAACAAAUUGUCCUUGUCUAGACUUUAUUCGGAACUGUCCUCAAAGUCCUCCCUUGCUCGAGCAAUAUCUACAGUCUACACAAGUAUUUCCAACUCCAGAAUCGCGUCCGUUACCCUUACACCCGAAGCAACAAUGUCUCUUCAAGCUCCGCCCUUAACGUCUACUUCCUACCUUCCAAGUGCCACGGAGAAAGCCUAUCCCGGUUUAUGGCUUACCACAGCCGACAGCCUCUCUGCUACCGAUGAUGCUACAGGGAUGGACACAAGCGCUCCCAACCAGGCUCUAGCAAAGCAUUUUGCCUUACUUCUACUAACUGACGAAUCAACGGUCUUAAAAGACAUCGAGGAGUCAAUAGGACCUUUGGGCGCUCGACUUGCACAUUACAUUCGCGUCUCAAAGCCCACAAAAUCAUUUGCCCAAAUCUCUGCCCUAUCCGGAAUCCCUCUGAGUGACAUCCAAGUGCUUGCCAGCCAUCUCGUCUACUGGCGGAGAGCCAGAGCUGUUCCCCCGCUCAGUCAACGGGAUACGUAUAUCGUUUCUCCCAAUGCUGACAUGAGCAAGCUUGCGCAGGCAGCUGAGGUUUACGAAGCUGCAUUCCCAACACUUCCCAGUCUUCCUAAGAUGCUCCACGCACUGAGCGACACACCUAAACCAUACUCUAGAUUGAUACCUAGCAGGGAUCACAAGGACACUUAUUAUGCGAUUCUGGCGUGGUUACUGAGAGGGGGUUGGGUUACCCAACUGCGAACAUUUGGGUGGGUCAGAGUGGAUCCGGAGAUUAAACGGGCAGUGGAUGAGGCAUUAGAAAGGGAGAAAAAGGAGAAAGAGAUUGAAGAGAGAAGGAAUGAAGCAUCUCCCACCAAAGCAGAUUCUAAAUCCGAGGAGCAUUAUAGUAAGCACGUUGACGACGAUCAUGACGACAAUGACGAUUCAAAAUCCUCAUCUUCUUCAUCUCUUGAGAGCGAAGUUAGCGGCGAAGCCACUCCUGUUCCAGCCAGGUUUCUUAAUCACCAAUACCGCCACGAGGAGAAUAUUCAAGCGGAAAAACAGAAAAGACGACCGCCCACUUCUUCUCUUAUCUUGCGACCUCACCGCGCCUCAUCGCUAGAAUCCCAUUGGCUAGAUGAAAUUCUCUCACGAUUCCCCGAACCCUACCAGCAUGCAAACAUGGACAACACCAAUCACACUCCAUCCCCAGAAGAUAGCAUCGAUGUGGAUACUUCGCUCCAAAAGCAUUGGCCGCUUUUCACUAAAUAUCUCAACGGCACAGAUGCACUGGAGAAAAUCCCGGUGCGCGAAGGUUUGAAUCGGAAGGUCGUAUGGCGCCUACUCAAUAGGCUGGAUCGUAGCACGUCGCCGUCCGGGAGUGGAGAGAAUGGUUCUUCUUCAAAGGAAAAAGUGUUGGUAACUGUGAGACAUUGGUGA